AUGGAGCACAGAUUCGCCUCAACGCUGCUAGGCUUCCUCGCCUUUUUCGUUCUGCUAUCGUCAAUCCAGCGCGCAAGUGCACAAGGCUUUACGCAAUCAUAUUGCUCCAGUCUAAACACUGGUAGCGAUGACAACGUCUACACAUGGCCAUACCAAUCCAACGGCAACUGCACCAACCACUGUAAGGAAGAAGGUACCUAUGCCUUCGCCGUUCUGCAAUACACCGACUGCUGGUGCUCCAACUACGCCCCCGGAGAGGAGGCAAGUAUGAGCGACUGCCAGAAGGAUUGCCCUGGCUUCCCGGCCGAAAAGUGCGGCGACAAGGACAAGAACCUGUUCAUGUACAUCCAAAUGGACGGUCAGGUAUCCGGCACCAUCGGAGGCUCGCAACCCACGUCUUCGGCCGAGCCUUCGAAGACAAAAGAUGAACCUACAGAAGCCCAGACUUCUGCUCCGCCACCAGUCACUGUGACACCUGAUCCAGAGAUUGUUACUUCCGUAGUCACGGCCACGCCGUCUUCUUCUUCUACUUCUUCUACUUCUUCUACUUCUUCUACUGUAUUUGCUUCCAGUCCUACCGAAAAGCCAUCUGCGACUAAAUCUGAAGCCGAUGACGAACCAACCUCAGCCAUGGCACCUGUCACAACGCCAACCGUCCUUACCGAAAGCGGUCGCGUCGUUACCAGAACAAUCGUCUUCACUCCGACUGCGGCUGCCUCUGAAGAAGUAAGCCAUGACAGCGGCACCAACGUGGGAGCCAUCGCCGGUGGUGUUGCUGGCGGCGUCAUCGCUUUAUUAGCCAUCGUGGGCGGUAUAUUGUUCGUCCUAUGGCGGAGGAAGAGGCAACAAGACCAGCAAAACGACGGACAUGGCGGUGGUUCCGCCGGGAUCUCGCGUAAUGUGAGCACCAUGAGCAGAGCCGGCCUGCUAGGAGGACGUGGCGAAAAGUCACCGACCCAGCUUGUCACAAACUUCGGUUCGCAACGGAGCCGCCACGACGAGGAAUCGAUCACGCCCGUUACGCCGUCGAGCCGCCGAUUAAGUCAACCUAUCCUAGUCGACUCGCGACUCAACCCAACUGCUGUUUUGACCUUCCAUGGCGCUAACGCCAGCCGGGAAAGCCUUGGAAGCAUCGAUGACAGCCGAGACUACGGACGACAAUUGAACGUGCGAAACCCGGAUCCGAACUAGGAGUAGACUUUGAACCACCAUCUGCGGACUACAUUAUGGGUGCGACCACAUCACAACCCAGAGAACCUCCGUACAUCCACAGAAUACACCUGCAAUCAGAAAACUUGGAUGUCACCACCGCGCUAUGACUGACGAACCUACAACAUCAUAUACAAAAUAACAAGGCGUAAUCCAUAGCACCGACGCACGGCCGUCUAGUUUGUUCCAUUACUGUCUUUGGGGGCUCCACGCCACAUAUCUACUCGAGACACUCCUGUCCGGUUCGAUCACAUCAUUAAUGGGCGCCAGCA